UUGACCUGAGGUUUUUCUUUCCCAGAAUGCAUUUCUUCAUCGUUACAAAACAAAAUGGCGGAUCAGAGGAAGAAACAGAGCAAGUGGGAUGUCUCAUCAGCCGAUGUGGCCAACCCAGUUAAAAGUGCUGCAGAAGCUGCAAAAGAGAGGGCAGCAAAACUGAAUGCUAUGUUAGCUGCCAAAGGCAAAUUAGCAAAAGAGACUGGAGCAAUCCUUCCACUUGUUAAAACACAGGCAUCUGUACCACUAAUGGGACAUAAACCUGAUAAAGAUAUGGAGCCAAUCACUGCUGAAGUAGAAAUAAAUGAUUCUCCUGCAAGAGUCAUUCUGUGUCGGGGAACAACACAAGAUGAGAUCAGUAAAUACAGUGGUGCUGCAGUGUCCACUAAAGGCUGCUAUAUGGAUGCAGAGGAAAAGGCUCAUGCCUUAAGAGAGGAUUCAGGGAAAAGGCCUCUGUAUUUGUUUGUGCAAGGUCCAUCCCAAGCCAAGGUGGAUUUGGCGAUCAAAAGAAUCCAUGAGAUCAUUGGUGGAGCUGAUAUCCAUGGCAAACUGCACUCUAACCAGGGAAUAACACCCUAUCCGAACAUGGUAUCUGUGACAACUGCACCCAGCUCAACCCCAAGCAGUCUGCUUAUUGGCCAGUCAUCUGCGGACCCUUUACCAACUGGGAUGCAUUAUGUCCAAGACAAGCUCUUCGUUGGUCUGACUUAUGCCCCAGCAGAGUUUAAUCUGAAGGACAAACUUCUUGGACCUGGGGGAUCAUAUUUUCAGCACAUUACAACAGAGACUGGUGCAAAGGUUCAACUGAGAGGCAAAGGCUCUGGAUAUCUAGAGCCAACCUCAGGCAAGGAGGCAUUUGAAGCCCUCAAUGUUUAUAUAAGCCACAAUAAAAUGGAAGGGCUUGCUGCAGCAAAAAAGCUUGUUGAGAACCUUAUCCAAACUGUCCAUACUGAAUACCAAAACUUUGAAAUGAUGAAGAGAAGUCAGCCGAUGGGAUAUGGGCCGCAUGGAGGGUAUCCUCCAAUUCCACCUCAUGGCUUCCAGCCACCUCCACAUGGUUAUGUUCCACCGCCGGGAGGACCACAUCCACCAGCCAUGUACCCACCUAUACCACCCAUGGCUUCCUACUACAACCAGCCAUUACCUGGACAGCCCCCGCCUGGACACCCAGUCUCUCAUCCUGUACCGCCCCCAGGAUGUCCCCCCCAAACUCAGGGUGGUGUGACCUUUGGUAAUGACCCAGCCCUCAGUGGAGGGCAGCCGGCCCCUCCUGGUGGACCCCUCCCACCAGGUGGACCCCUCGGUCCCGGGGGAGCCCUCCCUCCAGUGUCUGGCCCGCCUGUCUUGCCCUCACCAAACACUACAUCAUACCCUUACCCUGACUUGCCUCCACCUCACGCUGAGCCUUCUAGUGGUGGCCCAUACCCUCAAUGGACAGGUCCUCCAGGUGCGCAAAGACCCCCGGGUUCAGAAAAGCCUCAACUGGGGCGGGAAGAGGGCUAUCCGGGCUUUGAGGAGCUACCAGAUGAAGACAUCCAUAGACACCACGAGGCACCCCCACCUCCACAGGAGUUUGGUAGGCGCAGGUUCAAGGAAAAGGUUGUCUCUGGAAGUGGCGAGAGUCGUGCAGAAAGAAGAAGUGAACGACGAAAACCAGUCAGAUACCCAUUAAACCAGCAGUCCUCCAGGCACCCAGCAGAACUCCCACCAGGGCCCCAUAGACAGCCCACCCCCUCCACCAGGCAUCCCGCCCCUGCUCCACCACCCCACAUCCUGCUCUCCAAAGAGACAGAGAAAUCAGAGCAAGCGAUGCCACCACCGGAGAUGCCAGCGUCAAAGAAGGAUGUGACAAAGAGUAGAGGGGUUCCAUUCAAAGAGCCUAUGGCUAAGCCGAUAAGUUUUAAGCCCGCCAAGCCUGUGGCUUUUGUCAGCAAGAGCUCUCUGUCGACGCUGAGCAGUAUGGAGAAAGACAAAGCCGUCACAGGUAUGAUCAUAGUAUUACAUGAACCUUCUCCACCCCCCACCCCUCCUCAAGUGCGGGAAUUUUAGUUGUUCCACAAGCUGCUUCUCAGCAUUCUCACACUACCUUGCUCAAAUCUACAUAUUAAAUUUCGGUUCUUUUUUUUUUUUUUUUUUUUUGGGGGGGGGGGGGGGGGUCCUAGUUAUUCUAGUUAAUCAAACAAGGUCACAUAGUUGAUUACAUAGUUUUCUCAUAUUUUCAGUGCUUUCAGAUAGACUCACCCAACUUAAGGUUUUCUUACUGUAAUGAGAUCACAUUCAAAUGGCUUUCUUACCUGACAGGAAGAUGUUGCCUAUCAAUUAGAUAUAGUCAAGUAACUAGGAAAACACUGUUCACAAGGUUUCGAACCUUAUUGUAAUGCUAUUACUCAGGCUGUUAUGUCAUUUAUCAACAUUUUAAGAUGACGAUUUCAUUCUUGCUAACUUUGCUCAUUUUUUUCUUUUUCAUGUUGCUGUGGUGAUCUGUAUGGAAUCUUGCGAUGGUGGUAAUUCACUACUCUAUUAAUAAAUGCACUAUAUUAUCUGUUAUCUUGCAUUUCAUCCCCCUUGAUGGCGACGUCGUGCUGUUGCUGUGGUUGAUGAACGCUACUGAUGAUGAUGACGACGAUGAUGACGAACGUCGGCUUCAACGUGUCUUUUAUUUUCGAAACGUGUGUAUACAUUUUAUUUCCCAAAAUAGGUAAAAAGCAGUGUCGCGUCACCUCUGGGAAAAAUCCUACUUAAAAAGAAGACUGACGAACCAGCUGCGAAGAAGCCAAAAUCCUCGGCGCUUUCGUCCCUUGUGGCGUACGAUGGAGACUCUUCAGACGAAGAGGAGGAAGAACCAUCGGCAGACAGUAAACAUGAUAGCCAUUCCUCGAACGGCGCCUCUAAGCAAAGACUCCCUUUCUGGGCAGUCAGGAAAUGAUUGUGUUGACAGAGUUAUCAGGUGCCUCGCUAGGGUUGGGCACAGAGGGCGCACUCAUAGCCCCACCCCUCCCCCCUUACCAUAAACAAUUUUAUGAUUUACAUAUUCAACCCCCACCCCAUCCAGCAAAUCCUGGAACACGCCCUGUGUAUCACAGGCUAGGGUUAGGGGGCUAAGGAUGGGUGCGACAGGUUCCCACUCUCCUCCAAAGAUCCCCUUAAAACCCUUAUCAGCCACACUCUGUUAUUGUUUGUAUUCAAUAUUGAAAGACAAAUAAUGUGAUAUCUCGCAACAGCCAUCCCAAACUUUUAUACUUUGUUUACCUCAAAUUUGCCAAUGAAAAUGGAUCCUUUUUCACACUUUUUAUUUCGCUACGAUGACAAAAUGGCGGCCAUCUUAAUGAAAACAUGAACACUGAAUGAAUACAUCACUUCCACAUCAAGCUGUAUCCAUAAUCCACUCGGUCCCUCAUUCCUAUAUAGGCUUUAAAGAACGCCACUUUUUGCUAUUCUGUUAAAACCUUGUUUUUCAACCUCCUAGUUUUUAUCUAGGUAAGGUAUGUAUGGUGUGUUCUUGUUAUGAUUGUAGACUAUCUACAGGUAAAAAAACAAUAGAACUCUAUCUUUUAUAAGAAAAAAAAAUGUAUCAAAAAACACUUCAACUCUGGGAGAAUGAUAAUCACGCCAUCCACUAGAUUCUCUGGAAAAUUGUACAGUAAAAGUAACUUAAUAAAGUGGUUUCUGUUUCGA